AUUCAUUGAUCUCUUUCUCUCUCUGUGGGUGUCGCGCUGCGCUGUUGUGGGCGGCCGAGCACAGCGACGCGCGCGCGGCAUUUGGAGAGCUCCCUGUACAGCGCGCCGACCGUUCUACUCAUCGAGGAAUCGCAUCGGCAAGAUCCGUGCCGCGGAUUACCAGAUGAUCCAAGCUCGAUUCGUCUGGGAGCUCUAGCAAUGCUAUAGCUGGGGGGUGGAUAGGCCAGCGACGAGCGGAGGGCUUUGGGGCGCUCCAGUUAUGCCGCCCUACAUUGCUCGGGAGGCAUACAAGCUAUGGAAGAGGAUCGUGAUGGAGUUGAUGCUGGAGCUCAAGAUUUUGUCCGAGAAAUGGAAGCUCCUGCUGCUAGCUAUCAUCUUCCAGUAUGUACAUGGUAUUGCUGCUAAAGUCGCUCACUACCUCCAUCAACCUGGUCGAAUCCUUCCGGAUAUUGGCUUUCGAUUUCUCCCUGAGCUAGGACGCGAAAGGGCAUACAUCAGCGAGACCUUGUUCACCUUUGUGUUUGUUACAUUUUUCCUGUGGACUUUUCAUCCAUUUGUGUUCCACAACAAGCGAUUUUAUACAGUCUUGGUGUGGUACCGAGUUCUUGCUACUUUAGUCGUUGCUCAGUGCCUCCGAAUCAUGUCAUUUCUUUCCACGUCGCUUCCAGGACCAAACUACCACUGUCACGAGGGAUCCCCGUCAGCAACAUUGGCGCCUCCAAAAAGUAUCUCGGAAGUCGUGUUUCUCAACUUUCCGUAUGGCGUAAUCUUUGGCUGCGGGGACUUGAUCUUCUCCUCGCACAUGAUAUUUACUCUUGUUUUCAUCUGGACAUACCAGAAAUACGGGACAAAGAGGUGGAUAAAGCGGCUUGCUUGGCUCGUCAGCGUUGUUUUGAGCCUCCUUAUUAUUGCCUCGAGAAAGCACUACACUGUCGAUGUUGUGGUGGCCUGGUAUACCGUUGCCCUUGUAUUUUACUUUGUGGACAGGCAGCUCUCGGAUUCCGAUAUCUCGGAGCGUUCCUCUGGUCCUUUGCUGCCAUUGAGGGGAAAAGAUAGCAGAAGCAAGGAGGAGAUGCACAAGCUCAUGAACGGGGUUUCUACAGGAGAUGCUACUGACUGGAGGCAACGGACACAGGACACUUCUGUUGACUCGCUCGCAAAUGGAAACGCAGUUUGAGACGAUGAGAGCGGUGGGUGGCACACUCGUCUUCUCGUUCGCCUCGUGGUAUAGUCCGUGGAAUUUGUAGAUUCAGCGUUCUCUUUCCUCUUCCGGGUUUCUCAGAUCUGUAAGGCUCUGAGAAUGUAGCUUGCGAGUUAGUCGGAGAUGGACUCGGGCCAGAUUGUGAGUGCCAUCAAUUUUGUUUAAAGCUUUCUCUUCAAUCAAAACCAAGUGUAACAAGGUAAAAGUCAAA